AUGGCUAAUAAACCAAUUCUUUCCCUGCCCAUUUUCACCCUCUUUGUUCUGUUUCCGUUCUUGUACUCAGGAGGUUCUCUAAAGAUGGCUAAUGGACAAAAGACUUGGUGCAUUGCAAAUCCAUUAUCCAGCGGUUCUGUACUGGCUGCAAACAUUGAAUACGCUUGCAGUCAAUUAGAUUGUCGUUUGAUACAACCUAACGGUCCAUGCUUCGAGCCAGAUACUCAAUUGCACCAUGCCUCAUUUGUUAUGAACUUGUACUACCAAGCUAAUGGUAGGCACCUUGCUCAUUGUGAUUUCCGAAACUCUGGUCUAGUCUCCUUGACUGAUCCAAGUUAUGGUAACUGCACUUUCCAUAGCGGUACGUGGAGGUCUAGCAGAGCAAGAACCAUCGGUAAUUUGAGGCAACAACGUGUCAAUUCAUUAACUAGUUUAGCUGAACUUGGCAUCUAA